GUGAGUGUGUGUGUGCCGAUUCGGUUCGGCCGCGGCGCGUCGUCUGAGCGGCUGUUGGCGCCGACUCCUUGGUUCAAUCCCUUCAUGGCGGCCCCGGCCGGGUUGCCGCGCCGCUAGGCCUCGCUCGCUCCCUCGCCGGGGCGGCGGGGGAGCGGCGGCCGCGGGUCCGUCCCCCCCCCCCGCUCGAGGGAGGCGGCCAUGGCGAGCCGGGGAGCUCCGCUGGUGCUGCUGGCGGCGGCGCUGGCGCUGGUGCGAGGCGGAGGCUCCUCAGGGCUGCCCGAAGGCUGCAAACAGGACGGCGGAGGAGGAGGAGGCGGAGGCCGCCUCAGGAGCAAGGCUUCUCCGCCGGCCGAAGCGGGAGUUGGAGUCGGAGGGAAGGUGGUCUGCAGCAGCCUGGCUCUGGCCCGUGUCCCGGACCCCGGCGGUCUCCCCAACAGGACGGUCACCCUAAUUCUGAGCAACAAUAAGAUAUCAGAAUUGAAGAAUGGUUCCUUUGCUGGAUUAAGCCUUCUUGAAAGAUUGGACCUUAAGAACAAUCUCAUUAGCACUAUAGAUCCAGGAGCUUUUGUUGGACUUUCAUCUCUAAAAAGACUAGACUUAACAAACAACCAAAUAGGAUGCCUGAAUGCAGAUAUAUUUAAAGAACUCGCAAAUCUUGUUCGGUUAAAUCUUUCAGGAAACCUAUUUGCAUCACUUGCACAAGGAACCUUUGAUCAUCUUACAUCACUGAAAUCUCUUGAAUUUCAGACUGAUUAUCUGCUUUGCGACUGUAAUAUGUUGUGGAUGCAGCAGUGGUUGCAAGAAAGAAAUAUAACUGUUCGUGAGACCAGAUGUGCUUACCCCAAGUCACUGCAGGCUCAACCAGUUUUGAGUGUUAAGCAAGGUCUUCUAACUUGUGACCCCCCUCUGGAAUUACCAUCUUUCUACAUGACUCCCUCUCAUCGUCAGGUUGUAUUUGAAGGAGACAGCCUGCCUUUCCAAUGUAUGGCUUCGUAUAUUGAUCAGGACAUGCAGGUUCUGUGGUACCAGGAUGGGAAGAUAGUUGAAACUGAUGAAUCCCAAGGCAUUUUUGUUGAAAAAAACAUGAUCCAUAACUGCUCACUCAUUGCAAGUGCUCUGACCAUCUCAAACAUUCAAGCUGGAUCUACUGGAAACUGGGGGUGUCAUGUGCAUACCAGACGUGGGAAUAAUUCAAGGACUGUUGACAUAGUGGUAUUGAACAGCUCUGCUCAGUACUGCCCGCCGGAAAGAGUUGUCAACAACAAAGGCGACUUCAGGUGGCCUCGUACGUUGGCAGGUAUUACUUCAUACCUGGUGUGCACUCGUUACUCAGGUGGCAGUGGAAUAUAUACAGGAAACACUCAGGCUGAGAAGAGAGCUUGGCGCAGAUGUGAUAGGGGAGGAUUUUGGGCCGAAGAGGAUUACUCUCGCUGCCAAUAUACAAAUGAUGCCACUCAAAUCCUGUAUAUGUUUAAUCAGAUGCCGCUGAACCUUACCAAUGCUGUAGCAACAGCUCGACAACUGUUAGCUUACACUGUUGAAGCUGCAAACUUUUCUGACAAAAUGGAUGUUAUUUUUGUGGCUGAAAUGAUAGAAAAAUUUGGAAGAUUUGCUGAGAAGUACAAAGAGCUUGGUGACGUGAUGGUUGAUAUUGCAAGUAACAUAAUGCUAGCUGAUGAACGCAUUCUGUGGAUGGCACAGAGGGAAGCUAAAGCUUGUACCCGAAUUGUGCAGUGCUUGCAGAAGAUUGCUACAUACCGGCUAGCUAAUGGAGCUCAGGUUUACUCAACGUAUUCUCCAAAUAUUGCCGUGGAAGCUUAUGUAAUAAAAGGAACUAGCUUCACUGGAAUGACCUGCACUGUGUUCCAGAAAGUGGCGGCAGCAGACCGCACAGGACUUCCUGAAUACGGACGAAGAGAUCUGGAUGGAAGCCUUGAUAAGCAACUGGGCUUUAAGUGCAAUGUCUCAAAUACAUUGUCAAGCCUGGCACUUAAGAACACAAUUGUGGAGGCCUCAAUACAACUUCCACCUGCCCUUUUUUCACACAAGCACAAAAGAGAGAUCAGGCCAGCAGAUGACGCUGUCUACAAGCUUCAACUUAUUGCAUUUCGCAAUGGGAAACUUUUCCCAACGACAGGAAAUUCAACAACUUUAGCUGUCGAUAGAAAACGCCUUACUGUGGUCACACCGGUUAUCCUCACCAAGUUAGAUGGCUUGACCUUGCCCCAUCAACACACUCCUAUCAAUGUGACAUUGCGGCGCAUUGCGCAUGGAGCAGAUGCUGUUGCGGUGCAGUGGGACUUUGAUUUGCUGAAUGGGCAAGGAGGAUGGAAAUCUGAUGGAUGUCACAUUCUUUCUUCAGAUGAAAAUGUCACUACUAUACAGUGCUACUCACUCAGUAACUAUGCAGUACUGAUGGAUUUGUCAGGGUAUGCCCAGGCUGUUGACCUCUUACAUCCAGUUAUCUAUGCCUCAGCUGUGAUUCUCUUGAUGUGCCUCCUGAUGAUCAAAGUUAGCUACAUAUACCAUCACAGUGUCAUCAGGAUCAGCCUUAAAAGUUGGCACAUGUUAGUUAACCUCAGCUUUCAUAUUUUCCUGACUUGUGUGAUGUUUGUUGGAGGCAUUACCCAGAGCAAGAAUGCUAGCAUCUGCCAAGCAGUUGGGAUAAUUCUGCACUAUUCUACACUUGCUACGUUACUGUGGACAGGAGUCACUUCUAGAAACAUCUAUAAGCAAGUCACUAGGAAGGCAAAGAGGUGUCAGGAUCCUGAUGAACCGCCCCCACCUCCUAGGCCAAUGCUUAGGUUCUACCUAAUCGGUGGUGGCAUCCCUGUGAUAGUCUGUGGGAUAACAGCUGCUGCAAAUAUAAGGAAUUAUGGAAGCAGGCCUCAUGCAGCAUAUUGUUGGAUGGCAUGGGAACCAAGCUUGGGAGCAUUUUAUGGACCUUCCAGCUUCAUUAUUUUUGUCAACUGCAUGUAUUUCCUCAGCAUAUUUAUACAACUGAAGAGGCACCCUGAGCGUAAAUUUGAACUUAAAGAGCCAGCUGAGGAGCAGCAGCGUUUAGCUACCAAUGAACAUAGCGACCUCAACCACCAGGAUUCAAUGUCUGUGUCGCUGGUUUCCACUUCAGCUUUGGAGAAUGAGCACAGUUUCCAUGCUCAGCUUCUGGGCGUGAGCCUCACUUUAUUUCUGUACGUGGCCCUGUGGAUUGUCGGGGCCUUUGCUGUUUCUUUAUACUACCCCUUGGAUUUGGUAUUUAGCUGCUUUUUUGGAGUUGUGUGUUUAAGUCUUAGUGGUUUUCUAAUAACACAUCAUUGCAUCAAUCGGGAAGAUGUCCGGCAUGCUUGGAUCACAACCUGCUGCCCUGGAAGGAGCACAUACUCGGUACAAGUUAACAUUCAGCCCUCUUCCAGCGCGAGCGGGGCAAACGGGGAACCUGCCAAGUGCACCAAUAGCAGUGCGGAGUCGUCAUGCACUAAUAAAAGUGCGCCAAGCUUAAAAAAUUCUUCUCCGGGCUGUAAGCUGACCAAUAUACAGGCUGCAGCAGCUCAGUGUCCCGCAGGACCCUUGGCACUGAACACAGGCCCUCCUCUCGAUAACAGCCUUACUGAGCACUCAGUAGACAAUGAGAUCAAAAUGCAUGUGGCCCCUUUAGAGGUACCUUUACGGACAAAUGGGCACCCAGGUCGCCAUCACAAAAACAGGAGUAAAGGGCACCGUGCCAGCAGGCUAACAGUCUUGCGGGAGUAUGCUUACGAUGUCCCCACCAGCGUGGAAGGAAGCAUCCAAAAUGGCAUGCCCAGACCUCGUCAAAGUAUCAGCGAAGGGCAUUCAAGGAGCCGAAGAGCUUAUUUGGCCUACAGGGAGCGACAGUAUAACCAGUCUCAGCAAGACAGCAGCGGUGACGCAUGCAGCACUCUUCAGAAAGGACACAGGAAUACCGAAAAGACAGUGCCAACAAACUUCAAAAAGGAUGUACUUAGGAAGCCCAUAGUGGCCGAGCUGGAAGGGCAGCAGAAGUCCUAUGGCUUAAAUUUGGCUGUCCAGAAUGGGCCACUAAAAAGCAGUGCCCAGGACGCGACAUUACUGACUGCUGACAGCACUGGCAAUAUCAGGACUGGGUUAUGGAAACAUGAAACUACUGUGUAGUGACACUGGACAUUAUCCUUGAAAGGAUUUAAAUGGAACUUUUCUUCCAUGGUAUGAAUAAUUUUCCACAGUUUACAGACAUGGGUACGUUGAGCGGGGAGUAGGAGAGAGCUGCCAUUUUGAAAUAUUUUUUACUUUUUAAAAGUAUAUCUGCGACAUUUUUGCAGAAGAUCUGUUACUCUGUGAAUCUUUCAUUAUAAGAUUCUGUUUUGAGAUGCAGAAUUGGACAGUAUUUUUUUUACAUGUUAACAUUCUCUCUCUUAGGUAUGUCCAUCACAUUUCACUUUUAUAUUUAAAUGUGUAAAAUAAAUAACUUUCUCUAAAAGCCA